AUGCGUAGCCCCCCCGGAAGCCGAAGAUUAAUUCCAACAGGCCUCAGUAUGGAAAUACCAUGGGGAACCUAUGGUAGAAUAGCCACGAGAUCAAGCGCAGCAUUUAAGCUUGGUCUUGAUAUUGGAGUUGGAGUAAUUAACAGUGAUUAUAGGGGUGAAGUUAAAAUCUUCGCCUUCAAUCACUCUGAUCGGAAUGUCUAUAUUCAUAAAGGUGGUUGUGUUGCCCAACUUAUUCUAGAAUAUAUUGUUAUGGCAGAUGUCUAUGAGGUACAAAGUCUGACCCCAACUGAUAGAAGUAUUGAAGGCUUUGGCUCAACUUCACAACGGCGAAAACCAACCUCUUCAUCCAAGACAUCAAAAGGAAGAUGGGAUACCCUGGGGGAACCAAGUGCUAAGUUUGACUACUAUAUUAAUUAUGACAUGCCAACCCCUCUUCCAGAUUUAGAAUUACCAGCACCAUCAUGGGACGAUGAACCAACAGAAUCUUAG